GCUCAACGGAACAUGCAGGUGCCUGGCCGGUCCUUCGCGCUCAUGGCGGUUAAAACGAAGAAUUGAGCGCUUGUGAUCUCGAUUAGGUUGUGGAGCCAACAAGUCAUCUCACUGCCAUGUCCAAGAUCUCACUGCUGCUGCUCAGCAUGAGCUUUCACAUGUCUGGGUCAUUCCAAGUCCCGCGCUAUCCAUGCAUAACGAGCAUGACUGGUGGUCAAAGGCAGCUGGCAGGAUUGGAGCCUCUCAACCGAAAAUUCAUUCGCAAACACCAGCUUGUAUGCCAUACCACCGCUCAUGGUGACCGAGCACAAAACUCUCGUCUCAACACUCAACCACGACCCCCUGGUGUCAGAUUUCUCAACUCAAUGUUGAAGCUUCCGAAUCUCCUCGUUCUCUACUUCACCGGGUUCAGCAUGCUCUUUGUUCAGAAUGCAUACGCACUGUCGCUAUCAUUGAACCCUGCUUCUCUCUCGUUCUCUCUGCAGAUGAAAGAGCUCAUGGGCUUCAUUUUCCGCAAUGAGAUGAUCUUCAUUGCGAUCACAACUGCAUAUUUCAUCAGCCUCUGUGGUCGCUACAAGAAUUAUGCGAGCUGGAGACUACCAAACCCGCUGCCUGAAGCUGCUGAGACUUGGAUCAGUGUAAUGCUCUCCUUGGGAAUCCUCCUGCCCAUGAUCUUUUUCGUCAUCAGCCCCUUCUUUGGGUUGGCAUCAGCGACGGUCCUAGCAGUGUUUGCUCCAUACUUUCUGGGCAUAGUUGAGCAGCUCAUCUCUUGGCGUUUGGUUGGGUACAGUGGAUCUCCUGUCUGGCCUCUUGUUCCUAUUCCAUUUACGCUGUGGCGACUCGUUCAGAUCUAUCAGGGGGCUGAGAUUUUGCGAAUUCUCAACAGCGCACUUGUCUAUGAGGUUUUUCUGCGUUGGGUUCUGUUUCCAACGUGGGUUGUGACGCUAACGAUGCACGUCUUCCUGUGGCCGACACUUUAUUAUUGGGCACGGAAGGAUGAGUAUUUCUUGAGCCCUGUUGGUCCUGCUCCCACCAAGACGGAGUCAAGGAGUGAUGACGACGACGAUGAAUUGGUUCUCACAGAGUUGAAGGAGUUGCAGAUGCAGGUUGGAAGAUUGAGAUUAAGAGCGGAAAUGUUAAGAAAGCUGCAAACAAAUGUUCCCGGCACGGAAGGUACUACUGGCACCACAGCAGAUGCGUAACGAGUUUUGAGCAAUGUCUUUGAAUUUCAAGAUGAAAAAUGGGCAACGAAUGUAUCUUUAUUCUCAUAUUACAACUUCAUAUUUAU